UAUAUAACACAAGGCCUUAUUAUUAACGAUAAUGAAAAAAAACUGUCGACUCUUCAGCGACUUCUUCGAGUUCUUCAACGCGUAAUAGCCUUCUGGCCUCAACAUGGGGUCUAUCGUUGUUACUAUGCUCCUCUUCGCAGCACUUGUGAACACCGCAUUUGGUCAAGGUGAUCCUUCAGGGGCGGGUGAGACUGGCGCUGGUGACAGCACUAACACGGUUGGCGGCCCUUCAUGCGAAACUGGUAAUGAGGUUCCGGAAGCAAGUCAAUCUGGUCCUGGACCUGACACUGAUAUUCCAGAAGGAAGUCAAUCGGGUCCUGGACCUGAUACUGAUACUCCAGAAGGAAGUCAAUCGGGUCCCGGAGCUGCUACUGAUAUUCCAGAAGGAAUUCAGCCUGAACCUGGGUCGGAACCAAACGCAGAAAUGACAAUUGACAUUGAAGCAGUAACAUGUCUCUGUAAUCUUCAAAUUAGUGUUGAUACCGAGGGUAAAAAUGCUACUGCUACAGCUGGUGGAGAAGCUCAAUGUGGUUUCGGUAUCCCAAUACCAACGUUGUCGAUAGAUUGUGAUGCUGUACUGAAAGGCGAUACAGUUGGUGCUUUCUUCUAUAUAUUGGAGGUUGAGAGGAACAGUAUUUUGGGAGGCAGCUCGUGGGUUACCUUCGAUCGCGAUAAGAAUGGUUGGGAAAUAGUAGCAUUGAAUUUCCCAAAAGGACUGUCAGAGAGCAAAGAUCUCAAAAUAAUUUCUGGGUCACUUGCCCCAGACAGCGAUUGGAAGGCUAGAAUCUACAAUUUAGAGGAUCGAAAAUCGAAAAAACUUACUAUUUGUAAAAACAACGAGAAACCUGGAACGUACGAAUACAACUUACUGGAAAUGAGCAAUCAAAUCAUCCUAGAUGGUAAAGGAUGUCCCGUUGCAAAGGGCACGAAAACAUCAGUAGUAGAACAGCCUCCGGAAAAAUUACCACCAGCGAUUUACCAGUUUCCCGAGAUGUUGCCCUGUGAGAAGUUGAGUUGGGAUGUGAAAAUGAAUGAUCCGGACAAGAGAAUGGCGUUUCAAGUAUGGUAUGAUUUUACGCCGAAGGGUGCAUGCAAACCCGUAGCCCCAAAAACGUAGGAUUGUGCAUAUUAUAGUAUUGUAAUAUUGAAAUAAAUAAAUAAUUCUUAUUGGAACUAAAUAAAUA